AUGCCUUCAGUCGAGAACCCCCGCUGGUCGGGUACACGCAUCAUCAUGGACGCUGCAUCUGGCAGCGCCAGCUUGAAGGUUGACGACAAAUACGAGCUAGCAGAAACAGAUGGAGCAAACUUCGACGAAGAUGCCAAAAGCACAACCAGGAAGCCCUCAAAGUUUCCGGAAAUGAUGUUUCCUGUCCUCGCACACAAGCAAGGCGAGCAAUCUCACGAAAACUCGGCUCGCCCCGGCGCUUUCUUCGUGGGCUAUUCGAUGUACAACCUCACACCCGUAUUGCUUCGAGCCGCUCCAGCGGAUGCCCUUCCAUCUAUUGUCUCAGACGAUCUGUCAAUAGGAUGUCAACUGGAGCGGGUGCCUGGUGGUCGUAUUGAGAGUACUGAAGUCAUUUUGACCGCUCCCGCUGCUGUACCUGGAAACAUCUCCGCCAUGAAAGCCGCCAUGGAGACAGACGGAUCACUUUGCGAUGCUUUCGAAGCGAGCAGUGCCCAAUCAGUCUACGCACAACUAGAAGCCUCUUGGAAUUCUCUCUUCUACCGCCGUCACCCACACGUCGUCCAACGCACCCUGCUAUACAGGAGUGGCGUUGAUGGACCAAGGCAUCCCCUCUCAGUCUGUCAACCUAGGGAAACUGAUGGGCUAUUCGACCCUACUCGCCAGCAAUCGGUUUCCAACCCCCCAAAGUCCCGCAUGCUUCCAGAUGCGCAAUCGUUCUUGUUCAGAGGCGAAGCACGCCAAUCGAGCUUCCUCUACAAGGCGCCAUACAUGGCGAACUUGGUCUACCCUUCAGCGUUGCUAUACAAACUUCGACAGUUUUCCAGCUCCCAUCCACAUGACAGCAUAUCCAUAAAGUCCAUGCUGUUUGCUGUCCAGCUUUGGUGCGACAUCAGAGCGCACCCGAACCUUCAGAGGGAGGCAUUCUUGACCGAGGGUCAAGGUGUCAAGAUUCAGAAUGUGUCGGUUGACCGAUUCAUUCUUGGCUUUGAACACUGGCUUCGCCACCACGAAGAGAAGCAACUCCUUGAGUACAUCCACCCCUUUCAAUUUAUGCGCGCCUUCUUCUCUCGGGAUUCACAUUCGAAUGAUGGGUCUGACCCGGCAGAGAAGGCAACUCUGGACGCGGAGGAGAUAAAGGGCCUUGUCGCUCGUGUCAAAGCGAAAUCAUCCAUGCUUGAUCCUUCGGCCAGGUUUGUCAUCUUCCCUGCCUCCAUGCCAGGAUCCAAGAUCCCAUGGCCUACAGGCAUGUUGCCGUUUGCCCCCCCUUCGGCUACCGAGAUGGCUUUGAUCAACUUUGACAACAUCUACUCAUGUGGCUUACCCUCGUAUGAGUACACGGAUAGGAAGUUAAUUAGGAUCGCCAUGCCUACAAUUGUUGCCGGUGGGCGUUUCAGCGGUAAGGCGUUCCGUAUCAAAGAGGCUGAUAUCCGCCUGCUGCGGGAUCCCAAUUCUCCAGGCCCCAUGUCCCUUUUUGGUGUCAAUACUGUCAUAGGGCCUAUCUGGCAAGCGCCUAAACUACCACAGAGAACCAUCGGACCUCCUGUCGACGAAUAUGAGACCCUAUCUGGGCAGUGGGAGCUUUCGGUACAGCAUCAUACACCUUUCUGGGUCACAAGGGAAGCGCGAUCGAAGAUGAAGACCGCCUUGGACAAGAUGAUAACUUCUGGGGAUAUCGAGAUUCGUUCUGGGCUACGGUUUGAUGUCGACAACUCCCUUGUGCCUUUUUUACGGAAGUCUCUUGAAGGCGAAGAUUCCCACGGAAACACACCCGCGCCUGUUCCCCAGCCACCGAAGGUCCCAAUGAUGAGUCUCGUAAGGCUCGCCCAGAUCUUGGUUCCACUACAGCACACUGCGCCGGUGCUUUCCGUGAGCUGGAGAGAAGCACGUAACAAACUCCGAGACAUGGACGCUGGAGAGCUUGACGAAGCGAAUCGAACUGUUGUCCGUGUUUUGGACAUCAUCCGCGAAGCCCGGGAGCAGACAAAGAUGGAGAUCGAUGGGCUGAAUGAGUUUGCCAGAGAUCUGGAAAUCGAUCCGGAAUAUGCUAUUCACCCGUUCUUUCUGGGAACCGUGGCUCAGCGAAUUUGUCGGAUGGUAGGUCUUGAUGCAUCAACGGAUUUGGAUGAAAAUGCCUGGGGCAAGCAUCUGAAGGCGAAGCUCCUAGAUUAUCACAAAAUCAUUGGGGAAAAGACAGAAAAGAUAAUGGAGGCCCGCAAAGCCGUAAGGUAUCUUGGUCAGGCUGAGGAUCGGGGCAUUAUUGCCCGUGAAAUGUUGGAAGGUUUGCUUGCAACGGGUGACAUUGCGGACCAGGAAGAUCUUCUUGAAGCCGAGUAUCAGCUCUUGGUACAGCAAGUCGACGAGCUUUCUCGCUAA